AUGGCCAGGCAAGAAGACCACCGAUGCAUUUUCAACCAUUUGUUAAAGACGACAGACGGGGUUGCCGCCCAAAAGUGUAUGCGGUGUCUGAGAAAACAGCAGCCGACCAAGUCGCCCAAGAGUCGGUACUGUGAAUACCACAGAAGUAAGACGCAUGAUACGGUUAACUGUUCGGUACUAAAGAAGGAGAUGGAGGAGAAACAACUCAAAGGAGAUCUGGUGGAGGUGGUGCGAAGCUUGCGCGCCAAGUUUGAUGCUGAGAAUGCCAAGGGCCCACCCCGCGAAGGGGUUCAGCCCAGGGAGAUAUUCAUGAUACGCAGCAAAAGAAGUAGGGAGGAACAACGGGGAGAGCAAGCAACCGUUAAACCUUCAGCACGCGCGCUCAUGUUCUCCGCUCAGGAUCCCCGGCCGGAUGGUUGGAAAGGUGACAACCCGCUGAUAAUACAAGCAUCUAUCAGAGACGUGACUAUCCAUAGGGUCUAUGUCGACACCGGGAGUUCAGCAGACAUCAUCUAUGAGCAUUGUUUCCGGUUCCUCCCGGAUCGCUGGAAAGACAACUUGCGACCUACGACUGGUAGGCUGGUGGGAUUCACCGGCCAUAGCCUGUGGCCGUUGGGCAUAAUCCAUCUCCCCCUGACAAUCACUAGCCAUGACAAGCAGCGAAAGAAAACUGCCCUGAUAGACUUUGUGGUCAUCCGACAUUCAGCAGAACACAAUAUCAUCCUAGGAAGGACAACCCUAUUGAAGCUAGGGGUGGUACCAUCAACCAUGCAUGGGAUCAUGAAAUUCGACACACCGAAAGGCGAAGCCACGAUACUGGCCACUCCGCCCAAGGAAUUGCAAUGCUAUACAGUCAUGAAGCCAGCAGAAAUAACCAAAGGGUCCAAAAGACCCAGGGGUAGUCCCAUAAAGGGGAAGGAAGUAAUCAAUGAAAGAUACCCUGAUCAGCCGGUCAGCGUUGGAUGUGACCUCCCAAAUCACACGAGAAGAGCGCUGGUCAACUUGCUCAAACGCUACAAACAUGUGUUCGCAUGGACUCCUACAGACAUGGUGGGAGUAGAAAGGAAGGUCAUCGAACAUAAACUGAUGAUCGGGCCAGGGGUAAAAGAAGUUAAGCAGAAGAAAAGGGUCCAGGGGGAGACCGUAAUAGGGCGAUUAAUGCAGAAGUGA